AUGAAUUUAAUUUGGUACUGUAAUCGAGGUAUUUUGAUAGAAACUCAUAAUAUAUCUGAUUUUAAAUGUUUUUGUCCACCAACUUAUUAUGGUGAUCGUUGUCAAUAUCAAAGUGAACGUUUAACAUUAUAUAUGCAAAUUCAAACAUCAUCAUCUUCAUUUAAUCGUUCAAGUGUAUUUCGAUUUAUUAUUUAUCUCUUUAAUGAUAGAAAAAAUUCCAUUAUAAUUGAAGAACAAAUUGUUUGUAGUUCAUAUUAUCAGUCAUCAUAUCGUCAUGUUAUAUAUUUAUUAUAUCCACGAUCAAAAUUAAUUUAUAAAACUAAUUAUUUUGUACAAAUCAGUUCAUAUUUAAUAUCAUAUUCUAAUGUAAAAUUUAUAUCAUCAUGGUAUUACAAUGUAUUAUUUUCAUUUUUACCUGUCAAUAGACUUGCAAUUAAUUUAAUAUUAGAUAAUAAACUAAUUAAACAUAAAUAUUGUUCAAAACAACAAAAUAAGUGUAUACAUGGUAUAUGUAUAGUCUAUUCAAAUUCUCAAACACAUUCGUAUUGUUUAUGUAAUGAAAAUUGGACAGGUUCUUUGUGUAAUAUACGAUUGAAUUGUUCAAAAUUUAAUUGUUCUGAAGGUUCUAAAUGCAAUAAUAAUGGAAAAUGUAUUUGUCAAUCAGGAAAAUUUGGUAAUGAAUGUUAUGAUACAUUUGAUCGGUGUAAAGAUAAUAAUAAAAAUAAAUAUUUACCUGCACUACUUAUUCAUGUUCAAUUAUAUUUUAAUAAUUUAAUUUAUUCAUAUUAUUUAGCUGCAUUACUUAAACAAGAUAAUAUCCAAAUACUUAAUACAACAAUUUCAUCAUUAAAUUAUUGUCCAAAUGUCAAUGAUUUAUUAAAUAAAACAAUAGUUAAAUAUUCGCCAUUAAAACGUGUUAAAUAUUAUCAUUAUGUAUGUAAGACAAAUAAUACUAAUAUAAAAUGUUUUUAUGAUGAAUCAUAUAUGUGUUUAUGUGAUAAUGAUAAACUUCCUGAUUGUUACAUAUUUAGUCAUAGUAUAAAUAAUUGUUAUGAAGAUAAUUAUUGUCAAAAUCAAGCACAAUGUAUUCAAAAUAUACAAUAUGGUGAACAUGAUUUUGUUUGUGUAUGUCAAGAAUGUGGUUAUGUUGUCGUACUAUUGAAAUAUUUACCAGUCAUAUUUUAUUGGUUAACAGCUUGUAUAGCUCUAGAACGAGCAGUUACGAUUGUUAAAGGAGCCACAAUGAAUAAAAACUUAAGUAUUAAAAUGGCUAAGAUACUAAUUUUCUUGGCAAUUAUGAUUUCAUUAAGUUAUAUUUAUGAUCCAUUUAAUCGUCAAUUAAUUGAAGAUCCACGUUUAGAUGGACACGCUACUAAAUACGAUCAAAAAGUUCUAGAAGGUGAAUGGCCAUGGAGGUCGCUAUUCGAUUUAGUUCUAUCUCCUGAUGACGAAUAUCUGAUUAGUUUUACUAGAAAACAUUUUCGAAGUCAAAAAGUCCCACUUUUCAACCUUUUUUGUCAUAAUUUGGGUGUCGUAUCUCGACAGGAAAAACAAUACGAUCUAGCAUUAGAACAUUUUGAUCGAAGUAAUGAGAUAAAACAGAAAUACUUACCGAGCGAUCAUCCACAUCAGGCUACUACUAUCAACAAUAUCGGUUAUAUCUAUCGCUGUCAAGGACUGUAUCAACAAUCAUUGAAACAACAUGAAAAAGCAGUGGAAAUACGACUGAAAUAUUUACCUGAACAACAUCCAUCCUGA